AGUUCGUGAGACGAAGGAAGACUGACAACAAAAACAACCAAAAAAAAACAAAAAAAACAAUAAACAUCAACUGAGAGAGGACUUUUGAAGAAGACGACACUGGAUUUACCAGCAUAUCAAACACUUCCUUUUCCACCUGCUGCUGACUGCACAAAACAACCAAGGGAGCGACAUCUGAAAGUAACUUUCACAGAACUUUAUAGGCCUGCCUUUCUUGUCUGCUUGCUGUGUUUAAUCUCUACUCUGAGAAAAAAUGUCUUUAAGGUCAGAAGAGGAUUUCCUCUGUCCAAUCUGCCAUGAGAUCUUCGAAGAUCCUGUAGUUCUGUCAUGCAGUCACAGCUUCUGUAAAGGCUGUCUGCAGAGAUGGUGGAAGAGUAAACAAUCCCGUGAGUGUCCGUGUUGUAUGAGAAGAUCCUCAAAGAGUGAUCCACCUCGUAACCUGGCAUUACGGAACCUGUGCGAGGCCUUUGUGCAAGACAGAGAUCAGAAAUCUUCAAGAGAGUCUGAAGCUCUCUGCAGUCUGCACUCUGAGAAACUCAAACUCUUCUGCCUUGACCAUCUGCAGCCGGUGUGUGUCGUCUGUCGAGAUUCAAAGAUACACAACAACCACAAAUUCAGACCAAUUGAUGAAGCUGUUGGAGAACAAAAGGCAGAGCUUCAGAAAAUCCUGAAGCCUAUAAAAGAAAAAAUUGAGCUCUUCAAAGAAGUUAAAGAAAAACAUGAUCAAACAGCUGAAUACAUUAAGGUCCAGGCACAAAAUACAGAGAGACGCAUUAAGGAGCAGUUUGAUAAGCUUCACCAGUUUCUACAAAAGCAAGAGGAGGCCAGGAUCUCUGCUCUGAGGGAGGAAGAGGAGCAGAAAAGUCAGAAAAUGAAGGAGAAGAUUGAGGCACUGAAAAGAGAGAUAGCAAGUCUGACAGACACAAUCAGGGCCACAGAGAAGAAGAUGAUAGCUGACAAUGUCUCAUUCCUGCAGAACUUCAAGACUACAUUGGAAAGAAUCCAGCAGCGCACCCUGCUGAAUGAUCCAGCCGUGGUCUCUGGAGCUCUGAUAGAUGAGGCCAAACACCUGGGCAAUCUGAGCUUCAAAAUCUGGAGCAACAUGAAGGAGAUCAUCUCCUACACUCCUGUGAUUCUGGAUCCAAAUACAGCUGAUCCAGAGCUUGUCCUGUCUGAUGAUCUGACCAGUGUGAGAUCAGGAGAGCCACAACAGCUUCCUAAGAACCAUGAGAGGACCAAAUUCUCCUGCUCGGUCCUCGGCUCUGAAGGCUUUGACUCAGGGACUCACUGCUGGGAGGUUGUUGUUGGAGCCAACAAGGACUGGGAACUAGGCAUUUUGGGACAGAACAUCCAGAAGAGUGGACAACCACAGUCAAGUUUGUGGAGAAUCAUGUUCUCCAAUGGUAAAUUUACUGCUUUCUCCACAACGUCAAGUUCAGAGAAGAAUCUUACAGUGAAGAAGCAGCUUCACAGGAUCAGAGUUCAGCUGGACUUUGAUGGAGGGGAACUGUUGUUCUCUGAUGGGGAUACUAACACACCCAUACACACCUUCACUGACAUCUUCACCAACACCCUGUACCCAUACAUUUACACUGAGAACCAUCUCCCAUUGGAGAUUUUAUCUUUAAAGCUCUCAAUGAUGAUUGAAAAGCUAAAUCAGAUUUGAUUACAAAAGAACUGGCUAAAAUGAUCAUUUAGCAACUUGAGACUACACUGUCUUGGUUACAGGUUUCUGUCCCUCUUUACCAGGCAUCUGUAAUCAAGAUUUCUUUUUCAAAUAGAUAGCUGGGUGCACAGUUGUCAACAUACCUACAAUAUUUUUUUCUGUAAUGACAGAUUAAAUUGUUUAUUUCAUAAAAGAAUGCCUGCCAACAUUUAGAUUUAAAAAUACAGGAGGGUUAGGGGUAGUGCUGCAUGAUCAAGUGUGUGACUGAAAGUGUCAUGCAUCUACUUGUGUUGUUCUCAGGGAAAAUGCAGAGAAUAAUCAUAGUUUUUAAAGCGUGUGUAUCUUAUAUACAAAUAUCAAGUUGCAUUUAACUCUAGGUUAGAUUACUGUAGUUCUCUUUUACCAGGCUGUCCUAGUAAGUCCCUAAAGACCCUUCAGCUGGUCUAAAAUGCCGCAGCACAUGUACUGACCAGAACCUGGAAAAGAGAUCAUUUUACUCCUGUCUUAUCUUCUCUGCAUUGGCACCCUGUAAAUCUGGAAUAAAACAGAAUUUAAAAUUCCUCUUCUCACAAAGUUCUUCAAGGUCAGGCUAUCUUAAAGAGCUCAUAGUGCCGUAAUAUCCCCCUAGACCACUGCGCUCCCAAAAUGUUGGCCUGCUCAUGGUACCUUUUUUCAAAAUUAAUAAUUUUUAAGAGGCCAUAACAGUCUCUAAAAGUAGUUUUGGAGGUAUAUCCUUCAGUUAUCAGGCUUGUCCCCUCUGGAAUCAUCUACCUGUCAGGGUCUAAGAGGCAGACACUCUCUCUACCUUUAAGAGUAGGCUUAAAACUUUCCGCUUUGAUAAAGUUUACAGUUAGGACUGGCUCAGGCCUGGACCAGCCCUUAGUUAGUCAGUUAUGUUCUGUCACUGCUGUGUCCAUGGGUUCUCCCUGGCCCAGUGCCACAUAGAUUCAUCUGGAUCUUUGGUAUAAGCAACCUGCUGCUGUGGACCCACCUGAAUCCAUUAUUAUCAUUAUUAAUAUCAUUAUCAUCAAAGUGAUGACUUUUUUGUCUAGGUUUUUUUGGACAGAAGCCAUGCAAAACACAAUGUUGAGGCAGAGAUAACUGUAAAGCUCAUUUACAUUUGUGGACAGUGGGCAGGAAGAUUAAAAACAUGCUCCUAAAGUGAGAUGAAAUGUGUUGAAUAAAAAAAAACUACAAAUUGUUGUCUCAGAGGAUUAAAGUUGUCUAUAUCCAAACUGCAUUGGAGGCAAUGGAAAAUUGGAAUUGUUUAAAUGGACUAGCAGUUGUUGAGAGACCUGAUACUCUAGUGUUAUUAAAUUACUGUCUUGAAGCUGAAUUCCCCUUAAUUCCCCUUUAUUGAGACUUGUUAAACAUUCAUCUUAAGACGAUAUAACAGAAUAAGACAUGUCUUAAGUCUAAAAUCUAAACAAAAAAAAAAACAUUGCGAUUUGCAGCAGGUGUGAAGAGCUCCUUGACAAGGCAAGCUCAUUUUCUGGAAACGUGAUGUUAUAUAACAGGGCAAGUAAAGGUGAAACCACAAAGGACCUUUUGGUUCAUUUCUUAGAACAGCAAGGGGAAUUUUUGUUUUGGGUAAACUUCUUUGACCCCAGCAAGUGACUUUAUAGCUGAACUUUAAAGUCAGCCUCAACCUAGGGUUUUCCCCUAAAAGACAGGUUUCUAGGUUAUAGGGUAAGGGUGGAGACUUAAUGUGACCUAUAAAAAGGGCCUCAAAUUUCCCCUCGGGCUCUCGCGCAGAGUCCAACCAUAGGUUCCGAUUGGCUUGAUAUGGUUCUUUGGUCCUGAGACCUUCUGUGGGCAAUUGGUGAUAACUCUUCUCGGUGAACAAACCAGACUUGGGUCGCUACUACCUGUUGAGUUACAAGAGGCUUAUACUGCAAGUGGACAGGUACCUAACCAAUGGCUAUUUGAAGUUGUGGAGACCCAUGCUGGAAUCUUUGCUCACUGAUGGGAGCGUCAGCUGAUCAGGUUAAACAGUUUCUAUGGUCCAGGGGAGAGAGCUGAAUUUAACCAAAAGCUAUCUUUUGUGGUUUCACCAUUCUUAAUUUUGUUGUUGAUGUAUGUAAUACUCAAUGAAAUUGGCUGAGUCUAUCUAACUCAGGUUUUAUUUUUUUGAAUUUCUUGAGUGUGAUUUGGAAUUGAUAAUUUCGCUUAAGCUUUGAAAAAUAAAAACGUUUAUUAA